AUGGGGACCCUCGGCGCGUGUGCGAGAGGGGCCGGACCCGCUUCCCUCCCUCCCGCUCGGCUCAGCCUCCUCCUCCGACGGUUGCAUCGCGGGCGGAGGCAGGGAGGCGCCGCCGGGCCUCCUGCCAGCGCCCUUCGCGCCUCUCCGGCGCUCCUCGCCGUUCCCCCCUCCAGCUCGGCGGCCAGAUGGUAGGCUCCAUUUAAAGCGCCCUCCCCGCCUUUCUCGGCGCUGCUUUCCCUGGGCGAGCGGCUGCCGCUGGCCGCGCCGCGUUGCAGGCGAGGAAGGGGGAUCCAACAGGUCGCUGCCCGGGCGGAGGUGCCCCGGUCCCCGGGAAAAGGCCCGCUCUCCAGCCAGCCGGCCAGCCAGCCCGCCCGGGGUGCGCGAUGCGGCGUCUCUCGCGGCUCCUGAGCCUCCUGCCUUGUCCGUCCCGCAGGCCAAAAUCCUGAGCAUGAUGGAGGGCAACCAGCAGCUGGCCCUGCGCAUCGACGGAGCCCUCCAGGCGGCCGGCCAGGAGGUGAGCGCCUUGCGAGCCGAGCUGACAGCCACCAGCCGAAGACUGGCCGAGCUCAGCGCCUGCUCCGGCGCCGGAGGAGGAGGAGGAGGAGGAGGCGGAGGAGGAGGCAGCGGCAGCAGCAGCAACAGCAGCCCCAACGCCACGGAGAUGGCCGCGGCCGGCGGCGCCAUGGAGAACAGCCAGCCCAGCCUGCAAGGUAAGCGGGGCACUGCGCCCAGGCGAGGAUCGGGGCCGUUUUGA